AUGGUGUACCUCGGCCCCUCGCGAGGAUGCGAAACAUGCAAACGGCGGAGGAAGAAGUCAAAACGCACAUGUGCAGGCUACCAAGAACAAGCCAGCCAGACCUUGAUUUUCCAGCGGAACUAUAUCCACACCACAACUCGCACCGACUACUGGGCAACUCUAGAACCCCUCGCGCGGAAGUGUAGUCUACCAGUCCGACAACCAUACCCUGGCACUGAUACCCUGCCGGACGACGCUGUUCCAAAGGAGGUGAGUGAGGAUGAUGUAGUGGAAUAUGCCGUGCCGGCAUUCUUCUACGACUUUUCCAUUUCCUCACAGUAUAGCACCAGCAUCAGCACAUCUGUUGGGUAUCUCAAGGAUCUGGAACUCCAUGUCCAGCAGAAAGGGUUGGAUUCGAACCUUGCAAAGGCCUGCAUGAUGAUUAGUUGUGCAAAUAAUGCUCGAAAGCUGUAUCGGCCGUCUUUCAUCACCAGGGCAGAGAUGUUGUAUCAUGAGCUGCUGCUGCAUCUGGCAAAGGAGGUUGCAAGGCCAGGAUCCAUGGGAGAGAAGUCGGAUCUGAUUAAGCUGGCUUGGCUGAUGGGUCUUUACGAGAACUCGACAUUGAGCUUUGUCCGUGGAGUAUUCCCUUUUUACUCUCUUGGCCCCAGGGCGCAGAUGCGAGAUCCCGGUCUUUUACACUUCCAACGUUCGGUCAAUAACCUGGGAUUACUACACGAUAUCCUGCUUGAGAUAUGUCCACUGAGGAUGGAAGCAGAGCGCGUCCUUGAGGAGUCGCCAUUGGUAGAGUCGCAUCUCCGUGCCCUCCAACAGCGGGCAGAUAUACUUAGCAACCGUCUAGCUCAGUGGGAGGACAGUGUUGCGCCGGAGGCCAAGCCCACCAUAAUAAGCCACGUACAAGCAAGCAGUGACCCGAACAUUGAAGUCGGACGCUGGCCCGGCCCAUUACACAUGCACACUGACCUUCGCGCGGUAGCCCUCCUUAACAUCAGUCGCGUUGCGCGAUGCUACCUCCUUGACAUUAUUUUCUGGCUCAAACAUAUGCAGGCUGACACCGGCAGCGAUGAUAAAGAGAGAGCAAAGGCCGUCCAGCUCAUCCAGGACUUUACGUCCUCAAUCCCAUACCACCUAGUCGAGGAUUUGCAUUCGUUCUCUGUGAAUGUGCAUCGUGGCAAUCCCAUCGAACAGCCCGGGAGGGCAGUUGGAGGAUUACUGCUGAUGUAUCCUCUGUACAUUGCUGCGCAGCUAUCUAUCGUGCCGGUAGAGCUGCAGGACUACUUCAAACGGUGUCUAGUCUGGAUUGGACAAAAUAUGGGAGUUGGGUAUGCCUCUCUCCUAGCUAAGGUGAGAUUUUAA